UCGCAACCCUUGUACGUGCGCCCUCAGGGACAUUUCAGUCGUUCCCCUCCGCCGUUCUCCACGUCUUUCACUUCCUCACUCGCUCCCCUUCGCCCGCCGAGAGAGGCAGACAUAUUGAAGCGCUCGCUUGAGCCGCUACGCUGACGUUAGCAAUGCGCUGCCUCUGUAUUGCACCAAAAAUUAGCUCGCAAUGUCACUGAUAGAGUGGACCUGCUGCUCGGCACCCUCAGCUGCUUUCUGUGGAGAUUUCUCCCAGUCAAUAUUCGCUCCCAUGACGGAUACGCCGCCGACGAGGUCUCGCCAACGAACGUGCUGCAAGUGACACAACCAUGCGCCACAAGGGGCCUACCAGGGGUUUUCUAACAGCUGUGGCAACUUGUCUUCUGGUGGGCCUCUCCAAUGCAAUCGUCCCGUUGGGAACCAUCGAAACGUCGCAUCCAUCAGACUUCCCGGCUCCAACACUGCUACCCUGCCCUUCGCAAUGCAGCUGCCAGAUAUCUGGAGAAGCCAAUAUCUUUGAGGUCUCCUGCUCUGCCAUGCAACUGGAUGCAGUGCCCUCGGGACUUCCCCCACAAACUACCUCCGUGGACCUCUCCCGCAACAAGAUAGCCCGCCUCGACUACGGUGUCCCGAACGAGACACGAGUAGGAAAUCUCAGAAUCCUCAACUUGCAAAAGAAUCUGCUGACUGUGCUUGGCAACGAGGACUUUAGGAACUUUCGCAACCUUCGCAUUCUCAGCCUCAGAGAUAACGUCAUCUACUCCAUCCACGAAAAUGCCUUCACAGACUUACAGAUGUUAGUGCACCUGGACUUGUCGAACAACCGCAUCGACCAUCUGAAGCACGAGUGGUUCCAAAAUCUAAAUAACCUCGUAUCACUAGACCUUUCGCGGAACAAGAUCAGCGAGCUCAGCAACGUUGUCUUCUGGUCGCUGCAUAAAUUAGAGCGGCUUCAAGUGAGCGAAAACAGAAUCCAGUCCGUCGGACUGCUGAGCCUCAAGGGAUUGCACUCUCUGCAACAUCUCAAUGUCACCCACAACCAAAUAUCCCAAAUCCAGGGCGGAACACUUCGAGCCACCUGCAACCUCAAGACCCUCGACAUCAGUCACAACCCCAUGGUGACUCUCAGCCGUGCAUUCGAACAUGGCAGCAACGUCACUGCUCUCUUCGCUACACACAUGACCAGGCUACGGCUCAUCACGUCAGACUCCUUCUUCGGGCUCGAAAACCUCGAACGGCUCCUCUUGACAAACUGCCCAUCUCUCCAAGCUGCGGAACAAGGCUCGUUCCUCCCGUUGAAAAGCCUAGAGAAACUCGACCUGAGUUUCAACAAUUUCACGACGCUGCCUGCGAAACUGCUCAACCCGCUGCGGAAGCUGCAAGAAGUCCACCUGAGUGGCAACCCCUGGCACUGUGACUGCAGGUUGCAUUGGCUCCUGCUCUGGCUACGCGACAACGUCAACCUUCACCUGCUGUCUCCCUCGACCACUUUGUGUGACAAGCCGGAAAAUCUUAGCUCCAUCACUGUCCUGGAUUCUGUCGAUAAACACAUGGUGUGCGUCAAUGCAUCCGUCGUCAAACACACGGACUACGCCCACUUUCGCCUGGGCUCAUCAGCGCUGCUGCAGUGUGAGGUCUCCGGCAGUCCAGAGCCAUCACUCACGUGGAUCACGCCUCAUAAUCUGUCGUUCAACUGGACCAGAGACCGGGGUAAUGUUUCGGGAACGGGAAAAUUCGCCGUACUCGACAACGGAGACCUCCUCAUCAGGCACGUGCAACGCGGUGACAGUGGAUAUUACAAGUGUGUCGCGGCCAAUGCCCUCAGCCGUGCCGGAAUCUUCAUCCACCUGACAUUGGAUUACGAUUUCUUAAUCGAUGUAAAGAUAGUUAGCAUCCUUGUUGGUUGUGCAACGGCGGCUGGUUUCGUCGUCCUCACCGUCAUUAGCAUUAUAGUUCAGAAGAUACUGUUCAGGCUCGGAGUGUCGUGCGGAGGAUCGCCGCGGGCCCGGCAACUCUACUGCGUGCUCGAGAGUCUGGAAAGCUAUCGUUGUCAACAGCUGGAAAGGCUACGGGAACACUACAACGGGCAGGCGAACCGCAUCAAGGAGAACUGCGUCCAACAGAUGGAGCGCCUCCGCGACAGUUAUUCGUCGCAGGCGGAGAGACUACGGGACAUCCGCGACUACGGAACGAGCCAGUUGGACCGCCUCCGCGAGAACUACUACGGCCAGGUGCAGCGUGUGAGAGACUACGGCACGGGCCAGAUCGACCGCCUACGCGAGAACUACGUCUGCCAGCGCAGCAGGGUGAGAAAAUUCAGCGCCCAGCAGCUGUACAAGCUCCGCGAGAACUACAAGCUGCAGCAGCAGCACCUCAACAAGAUCCUCGAGAACCUCAACCUCGAGAGCUGCAGGAGCGUCUGCAUGCGCACAGAUUCCAUCGUCUUCGAUACGGUGGACAUCAUCGCGCCCCCGCUGGACGUGCUUCCUCCGCCUCUACCGAUCCUCCUCAUCGACGAGCUCGACUCCGUGAGCCAGGAGGGGUCGGCGUAUUUCACGCCGGACAACCUCUCCGAGGUGUCUCCGGACGAGGUGGCGCGGCAGCCGAACUUUCCGCCGGAGGUCGCGGAGGAGUCGUCUGCGAGGUCGUCGGACACCACGGUCAACCUCAACGACGUCCCGCUGGUCGUUGUGCCGGGGUCGCAGGACACCCGAGAGACCGUGGUGUGACGUAGGUCGAAGUGCUUGUGAACUCUAGCCUAUUUAAGAACGCGGAGAAACUGGUGUAACCAAGUGCCACCGUGUACGGUGGUAGCCUAGUCCCAACUAAUGCCGAGGUUGUGACGAUGGGGUUUUCUUUUUUGUUUUUUUUUGUUCUUUUUACCUUGAGCCUUCAUUCAACACAACAUGGUUAGGAGUGAUUGUGUCACGCGUGUAUUCCAGUGGCAUGGCACUACCCCCCUCCCCUCGGAGCUGAAGGAAUUUUCCGAUUAAAACCCACACUUGAUGCGA